AUGGCCAUCAGUGGUGCUCACCUUGAUCAAGAAACGAUCUCACGAUUGAGACAUCUAUCAAGCAAUGGUGAUAGUUCUUCGAUGGAAUCCAUUCAUGAAUUACUCGAUUUUCUCGAUAAUAAACGAAUCUUAUCUCAUGUCUCAAGUUCGACGACUGGUGGUAACGUGAAAAAAGAAUUAACAGCAACACAAACUACAUCUGUUUCUCGUUCCGAAGAAGAAUUAAUUGAACCAACAGUGAAACUUCAUAGUAUGGAUCACUUAAUCAAUACUGUCGGUCAUCUUGGUCGAGCAUUCAAUGCUGAAUCGAAACCGAUCGAUGUUCGAGAAGGUCACAAUCAAGCGUGGUAUCGAACAACAUGGAAUGAAGUAUCCAGUCUCGCAACUCUGGCUAAAACAGGCCAUUUGAAAGAUCAAGAUUUCGAUUAUUUAGUCGCCAAAUUUGGUGAUGGAACGCAUUGGGGUGUGGUACCAUGGACUAGUCGGGUAGAAAUCUUUGAAAUGAUCGCUACAGCUUUUUGUGAUGUUGCCAAGAGUAAUCAAGCCAUGUCAACGGAAGUGAUCGAUUCCAUCAUUAAUCGUUUAUCUGGGACUAAUAACAAGAUCCAUCGUGCAUGUGCUGAAGCUCUUCUCUCUGCCAUGAAGAAUCGACGCUCCUUCAGUAAAAAUCAAAUGAAACAAAUUGAAGAGCAAUUGGAAAAAGCGACUGACACCGUUGUAAAACAGCAUCUGAUCGAAUUGUACGCAUUGUAUGUUUCGAAAGGUCAUCGUUUGAAACUCGAUUUAGAUUUGAUUAAAGACGAUUUAUUGGAUAAAGACACGUGUGAAACAACUAGCUAUCUCUAUUUUAAAGCAGCAACAUUAGAACAACGAACAUUCUCGGAAAGCAUUCUGAACACACUCAGUCAAGUGGCUGAAUCGAAGAUGUAUGGUGUCAAAGCACGUGAUAAUUGUCUAUGGGCAUUGGCUUAUAGUAUUAAACAAGCUACAGAGAAGACAUCGAUUCCUAGCGAAGUGAUCAAUACGCUAGGUAAACUACUCAGUGAUGCCGAGAAAAAUAUCAAACAAACCGCAGCUAUUGCUCUCUGUUACUAUGGGAUGGAUGAAUCCACGAUCUUAUCUUCCGAAAUCUUAGAAGGAUUAGCCGAGAUGUUGAAUGAAACCGAUCAUGGUUUAUUAAAUAAUAUUUUAUCUGUUUAUCUUCGAUUGACUAAACAGGACGAAGAAAUUUCCAGUGGUGUUCUAAAGAAACUUGGUCCACUUAUCUAUCAUGACGAUUUUUCCAUUCGUGAAAAAUCGAUUUGGAUCUUAAACAUGUUGUGGACAAUCAUCAGAACAUCAAAUUAA